AGGAAGAGCCCAGAUUAUUUCCCUUUAUUUGCUGCCUCCCCCUUUUUUUCUCCCCACCCAAGUACACAUUUCCAGAAGAAAUUCCUGAGUUCAGAGAGAGAGAGAAAAAGAGAGAAGAACGCGUCUACAUUCAUGUGUUUAUUCUAAUGAUAACGGUAAGAAUACGUGCGGUGUAUUAUGACCCUUGUAAUAUGUCUGAUUGUGUCCCACAAAGUGGUUGUUUCAGCCAGAGAGAUGGCUUUGAUCCGUACUUUGACGUAGCUGGGUGGCUAGCUACAGUAGAUCAGUAUAUUUAGUGGCUGUAUACACUGAAAUAUCACCGUUUAGCUAUCAUGUAAGUGAACCAUGUAUGGACAGACCAGAGCCAUCUAUUGCAUGCCAGCAUGAAGCAUAUCUAUUGGCCAAUAACAUCCAUAGACUAUGGCUCUAUACUUGACUAGUGUGCAGUUUACAAGCAGACAGAAUCCAAAUAAAAGCACGAUGUCAGAUCUAUAUAAUGGUUCUCAGAUGUCUGUGGAGGGGAGGCUGGGGGCCAGGCUGGUGCCCUGCUGUGUGUGGCUGGGGCUGCUGUGUCUCCUGUCCACCCUGCCCUGUUCCUGGUCCCAGGACCCCCUUAACGUUGGGGACCCCGUGGAUGCAGAUCAGGGGGCCUUCCAACCACAGAGUGCACUGUCUGACAUGGAGUUCUCUUCCAUUGCCUCCUACCGCGGCCCCGGCAACAAUGACUCACGUGGCAACAAGGACCUGCCCAUCCUGUUGUGGUGGAGUGGAGGACUCUUCCCUCAUUUCCCCGGAGACACAGAACGCAUCGACUGUCACACCUCCUCUUGUCUGGUCACACGCAAUAGGAAGGUUCAACUGUACCGACGUACCUCCUCCAUCAUCUUCUAUGGGACAGACUUCAGGGCCUACGAGGCUCCUCUUCCCAGACCCUCUCACCAGACCUGGGCCUUAUUCCACGAGGAGUCCCCCAUGAACAACUACGUGCUGUCCCACAGCCCAGGCAUCAGGCUGUUUAACUACACCGCCACCUUCAGGAGAGGCUCAGACUACCCUCUGACCCUGCAGUGGCUGCCCUCCCUGGGAUACCUGCUCCAGCCUGUAGCCGUGUCUCUGGAGCAGAAGAACCACUGGAGGAGAGAGGGUCUGGCCCCCAUCAUGUACAUGCAGUCACACUGUGACGUCCCCUCUGACAGGGACAGAUACGUACAGAAACUCAUGAAGUACAUAGAGGUGGACUCGUAUGGGAAAUGUCUGAACAGUAAGCCCCUCCCUCAGUACCUGGAGGACACAAGCACGGCCACAGGGGAGGACGCCGGCUUUAUGAGCUUCACGGCACGCUACAAGUUCCACCUGGCCCUGGAGAACGGCCUGUGUCAGGACUACAUGACUGAGAAGCUAUGGCGCCCUCUCCACCAGGGCUGUGUACCAGUCUACCGCGGCUCCUCAUCAGUAGCUGACUGGAUGCCCAACGACCUCUCUGUCAUCCUUAUUGAUGACUUCCCAUCACCUCAGGACCUAGCCAAGUUCCUCAAGGCGUUGGAUGAGAACGAUGAAGAGUAUGCUAAGUAUUUACAGUUUAAGAAGCCGAGCCACGUUACCAACGUUGGCCUGUUGGAGGCACUGGAGAGCAGGGAGUGGGGUGUGAACGACAUGAGCAAACCCAACUACCUCAACGGCUUUGAGUGCUAUGUCUGUGACCAGGAGAAUACCAGACUGGCAGCUGAACGGGCUUAUAGGAAAGCCCCAGAGAAGAGCCCGCCCCCCCAGCCUAAGAUGGCCAAUAAUUCUCAUAUGGGAUGUCCUCUACCCAGCCCAGGGUUUGGAGACCGUCAGGAUCUACACAUCAAUGACAGCUGGGUCCAGAUGUGGCCGCAGGACUACUGGCAGAGCUUAGAUCAGGCUGAAGGAUUGGAGUCUCUCAUCAGACGUAACGAGUCAGACCCUGCACUGCUCUGGCAUCACAUCCAGGAGUUGGCUAUGAGGAGGGCCAGAGGACAGGCAUAACUAGUCGAACCCUACACUGCUGAAGAACCACAUACAGUAGGAGAGCCAGAGGACAGGCAUAACUAGUCGAACCCUACACUGCUGAGGAACCACAUACAGUAGGAGAGCCAGAGGACAGGCAUAACUAGUCGAACCCUACUCUGCGGAAGAACCACAUACAGUAGGAGAGCCAGAGGUAACUGAGAAAGUUCCUUAUUGCCAGUGUUUUUUGACAGAAAGAGGACAAGGAAAGAAAGCCAUCUAUUUGUCUAGAAACUUGCACCCCUUAACCAGUGGGGGCGUGGCCAAAGUGGAUCCGCAAACCAGAGAGAUGUGGACCAGCAAUAAGAAUCAAUGAACUGAUACUGAACUAUCGGGAGUGUAGACUGUAAAGGAUAGAGAAGAUGUACAAAAAUAUAUAUAUACACAGUACUGCUUUUUAAUGUUGUCCACUUGAGGUGCCUGGUAGCCUCAUCUGUGGCACAAAAGGGCCUAAUGUGUGUCCAAGUUACAGUAAUGUUUUAUCUCAAACCUGUCACCAAAUACUUGUCUUUUCAACACUCAAUAAUGUACAACAUUUUUUAUACUCUAUAUUUAUCAUGUUUAUAUAAAUCAAUUUUAUUGUUUUUCUGAGUCAAAGCGUCAAAGACAAUUUAAAAAAUAAAAAUUUGAUCGAAAA